ACCGAUCCAUCAAUAAAGAUGGUAUUGGCAAUCUUACGAUGGAUGCGGGAAAACAAAUUAGCUGUGUUCUUCAUGCUGACAACUACAUGUCUGUUAAUAUCUACGGUGGCGUUGGCUCAUAAAAACAGCCUGCCCAGUCACAAAAUCAAAUCUAAUGAACACGCUGAAAAACAGAAUUCCAAUUACCGUCUACCCCCAUACGUUAUACCGAAAAACUACAAACUUCUUCUCGAUCCGAAUAUUACCAGUAACUCGUAUAAUGGAUUAGUUAUAAUAAAGAUACAAGUUCUACAACCAACCAAACAAAUUAAUCUACAUUCAAAGAACCUAGAAAUAAUGUACGCAGGUCUGAACAAUGGUUCGAAAGGCAAUCAGUAUACUACAAAUGUAAUAAAAAAUGAAGAUUUAGAAUUACUUUACAUUAUAUCAGAGGAAGAAAUUAUACAAGGAAACUAUUGGAUUGAAAUAAAGUUUAAAGGAAAGCUUAAUAGCAAGGCAAUUGGUUUUUACGCUAGUACAAUGAAAAACGGCGAGAUUAUGGUGGCCAGUAAAUUUCAGCCUACAUAUGCUAGGCAAGCAUUCCCGUGUUUUGACGAACCUGAGUAUAAGGCAACAUAUGAUAUCACUUUGGUGAAACCCACAAAUUCUACGGCCCUCUCUAAUAUGAAUCAAGUUUCCAUAACUUCAAACGAGAGCUCCAAAACAGAAGCAGUUACCUUCGCGACAAGCGUUCCAAUGUCAACUUACCUUGCCUGUUUUGUUAUAAGUGACUUUGGUUACAAACAAACUGAGAUAGACUCAAAAGGGAUUGGAAAGAAUUUUACUUUACGGUGUUAUGGUCAAAAGGACAAACUUUAUAAGAUUGAUUUUGCCAUGGAUAUUGCAAAGAAGGCCACUGAGUACUAUAUUCAGUAUUAUAGUGUACCUUAUCCAUUGCCUAAAUUAGAUAUGAUUGCUAUCCCUGACUACACCUCUGGCGCCACAGAACAUUGGGGAUUGGUUACCUACAGAGAGACUUCGUUCCUGAUUGACAAAGCCACAGCAUCUGUUAAAAACCAGAUAGCUGUGGCAAACACCAUUGCCCAUGAACUGGCUCACAUGUGGUUUGGCAACUUAGUGACAGUGAAAUGGUGGAAUGAUUUAUGGUUAAAUGAAGGUUUUGCCACUUACAUGCAAACAAAGGCUCUGAACGCCAUAGAACCAUCUUGGACAGCCUUAGAUCAGUUCCUAGUAAAAACAAUGCAUCCGAUAUUGGCAUCCGACGCAAAGUUGUCAAGUCGUCCAAUCGUCCACGAUGUUACCACGCCUGACGAAAUCACAGCGAUUUUUGAUCUCGUUUCUUAUAAUAAGGUACACUAUGUGCAUUUUAGAAAACUACAUCAACUUAAUUUUUUUUUGCCUUUUUUGUGUAUUACAGGAAUGAAAUCUUCAUCGCAAGAGGAAUGGGACAAAUUUUGGAAAAUUUAUACGGAAGAAGACGAUCCAGUGGAGUUGAAUAGAAUGCGAUCCGGGCUAGCAGCGCCCCAUAACAGUGAUAUUCUUAAGAAGUACUUAUCUUUCGCCUGGGAUGAACGUAACGUGCGUUCUCAAGAUUAUCUGAGCGUUCUUCAGCACAUUGCUGACAAUCCUUGGGGCACAGAACUGGUCUGGGUAGACUUGCGGAAUCGCUGGCCGGAACUCGUGGAUCGAUUUACAAUUAACAGCCGAUAUUUGGGUAAUGCCGUUUAUGGCAUUACUUCGACAUUUAACAGUGUAGCUAAACUUAAGGAGAUGGAAUCGUUUUUCAAACAAUACCCUGAAGCGGGUGCCGGCGAGAACGCACGUCGACAGGCGUUGGAAAAUGUACGCAACAACAUCGAGUGGGUCACCGCCAAUCAACCUGUAGUCGUGGAAUGGCUCAAAGCGCAUGUCUAGCGAAAAUUAUAUUUUCAUACAGCUAGUCAUAUGAUGAAUUUUUUUUUUCAAUGAAAUUACAAAAAUGUCUUAAAGGUAUAGGAAACUACAGGGACCUAGAGGACCUUAAUAGUGGACUAAAUAAUAAUGGAGCUAGUUUACAUAGAAACAACAUACUAUUUUUAUAAUGUUUUAUUUUAUUUACUGUCACUGACAACCUCUACAUUUAAUUGUGCAUACGCAAAGAUACCAUUAUAUCGUGAAACCUAAAAAAAUGUGACUAUCGCUGAAGAACUAAUUUCUAUCAAUUUCUAGAUAAUAUAUAGUGUUACCGUCCUGUAUGCAUUUAACCACUCUGCAUUUAGUCUUUGUUACAGAAAUUAGUAAUAAAUUGUUUAGAAGGUUGUCGAAUAAAAAAGUCAAUUUUUAAAAGUAGUAUGUAAGGAAUAAAAAAUACGAAUUA